GCGCAGCUUGUAACAUCCCGUCAUUGUUUAUUCCAAAAUGACGGAAAACAGCGCGUCGCCGGAGGAUCCCUGGCUAAAACAGACGGAUGGCACCUUCAGUGACAACGGCUUUGACCACAGUUUUUUUGCAGAGAGCGCACGUAAAGGAAGUUUGGUGUCUAGAGCCAACAGUAUCGGAUCCACAAGUGCCUCUUCAGUACCAAACACAGAUGAUGAAGACAGUGACAACAGACAUGAGACGCCUUAUAAAGAGUCAUAUAAAGACCGCAGGAGGCACGCACACACGCAGGCAGAGCAGAAACGCAGGGAUAAUCAAGGUAUGUGUGACGCUUUUCAGAAAGGCUAUGAUGACCUGCAGUCUAUAGUGCCUACAUGUCAGCAGCAGUCAGACUUCUCCAUGGCCACACAAAAGAUGAGCAAAGCUACAGUCCUGCAAAAGACAAUCGACUACAUUCAGUUUCUCCACAAAGAAAAGAAGAAGCAGGAAGAGGAUGUUUCCACACUUAGGAAGGAGGUGAUGGCGCUGAAAAUUAUGAAAACGAACUAUGAGCACAUUGUGAAGGCCCAUCAGAAUAACCCUCAGCAGGGCAGCGAGCAGGUUUCAGAUCAGGUGAAGUUCAGUGUUUUUCAGAGCAUCAUGGACUCUCUGUUCCAGUCCUUCAGUGCCUCAGUGUCGGUCAGCAGUUUUCAGGAGCUUUCCGCCUGUGUCUUCAGCUGGAUAGAGGAACACUGCAAGCCACAGACGCUGAGGGAGUUUGUGGUGACUGUACUGCAGCAGGUGAAUGGUCAACUGUACUGAAGCGGUCAAUAUGUCUGCCCCUCAGGCUAUUAUCUUAUUCAAGAAAAUAAAGACACUUAAAUACACACACACACACACACAAAAUACAGCAGGGCUCAGCACACUACUGGACUAGAGUGCAUUGAAGAACUCUGAUGAAAUGAAGCAGUGUCAAGUAUUGACUGAUGUUGUGUAGCAUUUAUGGCAGUGAUUCCAAUCAAAAAGUGUGCAAAUGCAAUAAUUUAGCCAUAUCUGUCAAUUUAUAACUAGUGAUUUAAAAGGUACUAAGAGGGAAAAACAUGUUUGAGAUUGAAUAUUCUGUUUCCUCGUACACUUUUAGCUUAUGUGUUUUGUUUAGUCAGUGUUUUCAAAAAACACCUCAGUCCUUAAGAGUAAUCAUAUCAGUUCAGUUUUCCCCUCAGUAUUUGCAUGUUCACAGAUAAAACAGCAUCCUGACAACCCCAAAUAAGAACUGUCUAAAACUGAGGUGUGAAAUGUUUCUUAAUUUGCUCUAUUAUAAACCAGACAGCUGCCUGUGAAUGAUAAAGCCUGGUGUGUUGCGUUAGAUUAUCACCUUUACCUCAUGUUCAAGAUGUUUUCCAAAGCACAACUAGGUUUUGGCCUUUGCAAUUAGCUUAGUGCUGGAAAGGGGAGCUGAAAGAUCUAGUUACACUGUGAUGUAUCACUGUCAGUUGUUUUUUUAACAUCCAAAAACAGCUGUCCUGUACAUUUAAAAAAAAAAUAAGUCAGGCGAUGCUGAGCCAUCCUUUCAUUUUAAGCAUUUAGGUUCCUCUUUUAAGCUACUGUCCUUGGGAUUCUGUGACCAAAGAUUGCAGCGUCUACGCACAAAUAAUGGAAUAUGAACCUCUUAUUAUCAUGUGAUGUUGAUUUUUGUUCAUCUGUGUGUUUGUCGCAAUUAUGUCCAGUGUUUUAUUCUAUGUUUAUGUUGAUAGUUUAAGCUCUUGUGAUCAGUAUGUGCUGCGUAAGCUAUCAUUGAAGACAUGCAGACAUCUUUUUGCUUGGUAGCAACUUCACAUGGUGUGACCGCCCAAAUCUAUUUAUAUUUAUGAUGAUGUUAAUUAAGGCAUAAUUAGAAUUGAUGUCAACUCAGGACAGAUUUUGGUGUACUGAGAUUGUUUAAAAUAAUAAACGAUGAGCAGAUGAUUGUGCAAUCAACUGUGCUGGAAUAAGGGACGUCUUUACUAGUGAAGCCAUACAAUGAAAUGCUAACUCACAGAAACGACGCUGCGUCUUGCUCAUUUACUAUACUCCGCUCUGUGCUUCUGCAUUUCUGAAUUCAAUGAGAGAAUCCGCUUGAAAUAUUUUUGUAUCUGUAUCAUUUUUUAAUUGAAAAAUAAAGAAUGUUCAAACU